UGAUAGUUCGCCGGGGAAGAAGUGAGGAAAAAGAUAUGGAUGCCUAUUUACGUGUCUCCAAACACGUGCCGUACAUUUGGAAGUAGCUUUCAAUUUGAGUACUGAUGCUUUUAUAAUGGCUUUAAUACGUUUCAUAGGAAGGAGAGGAACUGCUAAGGAAAUCUAUAGCGACAAUGGAACUAACUUUGUCGGGGCUACUUCCGAAUUACGGGCUAAUAUGAGUGUGUGGGACAAGCAUAAAAUAAACGAAUUAACAGUAUCGAAGGGUAUAUGCUGGCAUUUUAACCCCCCACUAGCUAGCCAUCGAGGCGGAGUUUGGGAGAGAUUAAUACGGUCUGUUCGGAGGAUCUUACUAUUUAUUUCCAACGGGCAAAUACUACACGAUGAUAGUUUGGCAACUUAUUUUGUGGAGGUAGACCGCCCAAUCGUCCCUGUGACGUCAGAUGAAAAGGAUGAUUUGGCGCUCACGCCAAACACUUUGUUAUUACUUAGAGACUGUGAUGGUUUAGGAAUGGAGUGUAGUGUUGCGGAUAGGUAUUCAAAGCGAUGGAGACAGGUUAAUUGUUUAGCCAAUACCUUCUGGCGUCGAUGGAUAAAAGAGUACAUUCCUUUACUGCAAGUGAGGCAGAAAUGGUUUUGCAAACACAGAAACUUAAAAGAAGGUGAUGUAGUUCUAGUGGCUAACGAUGCAACUACUCGGGGCUCAUGGCCAAUGGAACGGGUUGAUAAGUGCGAGACAGAUAGAGAUGGGUUGGUAAGAACAGUGAUGGUGCGAAUGAGAGAAGAUGUAGUAAGAAGAGAUGUGCGAAAGCUCUGCCUUCUAGAGGGAGCCGAGUAAUUGUAGAUUGUAGCUUAGGUUUAUGGAUGUACAGGCGUACUGUUGUAAGUCGUGUGCCUCCCAUUGAUAUAGAGCAGUUAGUAAGGAGAGCCAUGACAGAAAUGUAUUCUAAGGUGUCUUUGCGUAGCUGGAGGGAUUUUGGGGGCCGGUGUAACAGAAAGAGAACAGUGAAAAUCCCUCUGCAGCUUCUUUGUUGAACAGUAUUUUCAUUUAUUUGUUCCUUCUCCCUUUUGUGUAUUCCAACCUUUGUUUCGAUCUCGUUUAACCAUGUCUUUUGUUCUUCAGUCUUCCCCGUUUGAGCUUUUAUUAUGUGAUUUUGAUUAAAGACUUAUUUUUGUUACCUAAUUUUCUAUUGCAUGUUGCCGGACCAUUGACAGUAAGGUUGUGUUUGACUAAGCUCAAGGUCACGGCGUGGUUCAUUUUGUGACUGUUAACCUUCUGACUGUCUGCUUGGGAGAAUUGUUGCAAUCCCCGCAGAUAGAUAUUUGAUCCCAUCUGAUUGGGAAUAUUUGUAUUGAUUCUCAGGUAUCAAACCCUUUAGUAUUAACUGUCUCUUUCAUUGUUUAGCGCGCUACUUUGCGUUAGAGAAACUUCUGACUGUAUAGCACAGGCUGUACUGUUUGAGGUAUUUUGUAUUUUUGAUGUAAUUUGUUCUGUUUUCUUAAUUAGAACCGUUUAUAUUGAGCACA